GCUUUCCUCGCGCUUCUGUUCGGCGGCGUCCCCCCUUCUCUCACGCCUUUCCACCGCGUACCUCACAGCCGUGCUUCCGUGUGUAUCGCAGGUUUCUGCGCCACGUGAAAGAACGCGAGAGCGGUUUCCUACUCCAUCUCGAGGUGAAAUGAAGAUGCGUUUUUGCCCGUUGUCUGUUCGUUUCCCAUGAAGACGGCUCGUGCGUUUUUUCCAACCGUCCUCGCGGCCCGGCCAGUUGGCUUAGACGAGGCUCUUCGUCACGAUCCCAGGCGUUCGGGGGUUUUCUCGCGCGUCGUCUGCUUCGUCUCCAAGACCCUCCCCUUUUUGUAGUGCGAAUGCACUAGCGUUCUCCUCUUCUUCACCUCUACCGUUUUUUUCGCCUGUCCGACCCCCCUCUUCUCUUUUGUCUUGGUUCCUCCGCCGUAUCUGCCCUCUUUCUGAGCGAGGCGCCUGUCCGCGUCCAGCACCCGUCCAGCGCGACAAUGAACGUGUCUUCCCACCCGUUUCGCCUCUUCGUUCCCGUAGAAUUUCUGUCUUCGUCUUCAGGAUGGAUAGCGGGGUGGAUUCUGGGCGAUUCCACCGCGGUCGUGGCUGUUCUGCUCCCGCCCCUGCCGCUCGCGGUUGCCAGGCGCCUCCUUGCAGACUCGGAGAAACUCACCGCGCGCUCGUCCAGCUCUUUGACGCAGAGCACGGGGAUGACCGACGUUCUUGAGGAGGAGAGAGACGCCGAUGCAGAGUGCGAAGGAGAUGGAUCUGGAGAUGAGCAUGAAGCCGAGAGUGUCGCCUUGGCUGGCGGACCUGCAACGCCUGGCAACACCGUCGGAGGGAGAGUGGAGGCACCUCAGAGGAGUAGACCCCUACGCAACAGCAUGCGCGGACCUCGACCAGGAAUGUGUAGUGCUGAACGAAAGGGCAGCACGGAGGCUCGUGUCUCUCCCCCGUUAAGAAUUUUAGGCUGGUGGCGGGGCAGAGACAACACAGACGCUCCAGAAGCCUCUUGUUCCUUAUCUGUCACCGAGCCUGGCGAGAUCGCGCGUUCAGAGAUGUCAUAUCGCAUCCUAGAAAAGCACAGUUUGUCGGAGCAGAACUCGAACGCGAGUGAAGACACCCUUCGAACAGACGCUGGACAGACGGUCUCCGCUGAAACUCUGAAGGGGAAGUCUCCUAAGGUGCGUUUCGCCUGUGCAAAAGAGGCCCUCUGGAUCGACAUCGCGACUCACCCGAAAACAGGCCUUCCGGUUCCGUCGUUCUCUCGGCUUUCUCAUCGCCGAGGCUCUGAGUCCGGCUCUGCAUGCAGUCUCCUCUCUCCUCCCCCCGGGUCCGAGUGCCCCUCUCCCGACCCUCAGGUGUCUCCCUCCGGCCUCGGAAACGGCUCGUCUUUCUCGGCGUGCAGAGGGCCAUCCGGCGCCUCCGUUCUCGACAGACAGAGGGACUGGACUGCGAAGCCGGUCCAGAUUUUUCUCUUGAGGCUGCCGCGUCAUCAUGGCUUCUCGUCUUAUGACGAUCCGAGGGACGGACCGAUGUCGGUUGUUUCCUCCGACUCUUCGGCCGGCUGUUUCGUUAAAACUCACCAGCUGAUAGAGGCCCUGCAACGCCCGCUGUUAUGGAGAGAAGUUGCGGGGUCGCCGCGCAAAACGCAGGAAACGUCGGAGCAGAAGAGCGGCUCCGAAGCGUGGCGACUGUCGGCGCCCCCGACGGAGACACACAGACAGGGCGGAGCCGCAUGCGUCCCCCCCCAGCGCGGCGGAGGACUCCGCGGGGAGCCAGGAGGGGCGAAGAAAGACGCUGCGGCACCCAGCUCGUUGUCGGAUUCCGAAGACGACGCCCCUGAAGUUGUUUCGCAACUCGUCAGCCAGCAAGCGAGCGUUUCGAGAGACGGUGCAGAUGAGGAGCCGGUGCGCGACGAAGAAGUGGAGGCGACGGAGACCGCGGGCGAGGACGCCAGGGGCGCAGAUGUCCUUCAGAAAAGCCAGGAAAGCCUCGAAGUAGUACUGCACCAUUUGCAACGCACGGCGAUGGUGGUGGCGAGUGUCUCGAGGACGCUGCAGAGUUGGAGAGAGCGCGAGCGCCGGUCUUGGGUGUGUGCGAGGCAGCAGCGGAGAGACGGACAGCAGGACGAGCCGGCUUGCGCGGGGAAGGAGAGCCGGGGAGACCAAAAAUCCAGCAUCCCCUUUUUCGCGUCGCUCAGCUCUCCCGUGGCGGCGUUUUCUCCUCACGUCUCCUUGACGCUGGAGCGCCCGACUCGUGGGGGCUGGGGCACAGUAAAGAAAGGGCUAUCGAGUCUCGCAUUCUUCUUUGUUUACUUCUUCUUCCGCUUCUUCGAGGUGCUGUGGCUCCACCUCGUCCUCGCCGUGUACCCCACGGCAGACAGCCGUUUGGCGCGAGCGCGGCGCUCGCACAGACCUCCUCGCGAAGGAGGAAAAAAGUCCGAGGGAACUGGAGCCAAGGCGCUCGGUAGUGAGGCGCCUCAGACCUUCUUCUGGGGAACUGCCGACCACAUUCUCUCGUCUCUCUCUUCGCUCGCGGCUUGUGCGCCUCUGCUGCGGCGGUGCAUGGACAUGCGAGAGCGGGACCAUGCCGUUCCGUCGGACGCGCAUCAGCAACAGACUGAGAACUCGAGGGUCGGGCGCAGCGCUUCUGUCCCCGGCAAUCGAAGAAAGCCGAAAAACCGAUCUCAGGGGUCAUGUCUCAGUUCAGAGAUAGAAUGUCCCGACACGACUCGCCUUCGAGAGUCGCCGUCUGGAGAACUUGCGUGCUGUUCCUGCUCGGAAGAGACUAGCGAAGAUCGCUUGAGCGAGAGGGGGGCAGUGGAGAGACCGCAGGGUUCCGUGCAUGCGCGGAAAGGGUCCAGGACGAAUUCGGAAGGUCGAGAAACGCACCCAGUCCUUCUUAAGCAGUCAAGGGGAAAGACACCAGAGCCAUCGCGGUGCUCUCGGUGCGACUUUUUUUCGUCGAUGUCGGCGUCUGAAGCCGACCGCGUUCUUUUGUUACCUUCCCGAGCGUGUCGCGUCCCGCAACGCCUGCCUUGGUACUUGUCUGUGGCACCGCUGCGAAUUUUGGGUGUCGUCACGGCCGUCGGUUUGGAUUUGUUGAUUGGCUUGUUCAUUCCUCACUUACUCGCGCUUUCAGUCACAGGGCUCGUUCUCCCCUCCUCCUGUCGCUCCUGUCUCCCCUUCUCAGCCUUCUCUCCGUUGGCACAGACGCCGCCAGACAGCGGGAGAGAGACAUGUUCUGCGUCGGAUCUCUCUGCUCUGCUCCUGCGCGAGUUCGAACGAGGGAACGCCGACCUCCACAGUCCCCAGCUCGACCCAUGGGAGUCGUGUCUGCAACCAGCAUGGCGCUCGGCCUGUCCCUCUUUUUCGUUUCUCCACUCCCUAGGAGGGGCGACGGCUGCCACUCGCACUGGCGGCAUGGGCGGUCGUCGCCUUGCGGACGCAGUCCGCGCCGACCUUUCUGCUCUCCCUCUCUGUUUCUCGUCUGCAGCGAGCUGUCUCCUCUACGGCCCACCUCCGUCUCUGUUUGCGCUCUUCUCGCGCGCCUACUGCUUCCUGCACCUGCGCCUCCUCGCCAACCACGUGCGUUGGCUGAUGGACAAUCCGGCGGGGUUCAAGCUGAACCCAAAUCUCGGGAGCAUCCUCGGCUCUCUCAUCUUGACCACUCUGCACUACUGGAACGAGGCGGCGUCCUUCCUUUACGACUUGUGCGUGGACUUGUAUGGAUCGAGAGGGUCGCUGGCGCUGCCGCUCGCGUUGCUGCUGUCGAUCUUCUCGUUUCUCUCCGUCUGGCUGCAAGUCGACAGCGACCGACCCCUUGCCCUGCUGCAGAAAGAGAACUGCCACCGCAGUUCGGGAGACCUCGACGACGACGGGUGCCCGGGACCGCUUCUCCGGCCGGUGGUCAACCUCGUCUCGUGCUCGGCCUUCCACAUAGGCGUUGAAUUCGUCACGCUGGCCUUCGGCGCCGCCUUGACUUGGCGCGGCCCUACGCGGGGCUGGGCCUGGGGCGGCGCGUUCUUCUUCGCCACUGCCGCGGACUUAAUGCUCUUCUCAACUGCCCACGUCUUCUACGUGUACAUGGUUUGCGCCAAACUGAUGGAGACGUCCUGGCAGAGCCUCUGCACGUUGUUCACCAUGUUUCGAGGAAAGAAGCGCAAUAUUUUGCGUCACCGGGUAGAUACCCUGGAGUUUGAGCUUGACCAACUGCUGAUGGGAUGCAUCCUCUUUACCAUCAUGAGUUGCUUGUUCCCCACUUUCUUCCUCUUUUACUUCUCUUUUGCGAUUAUUUGGCUCUCGAUCCUCUUCGUCCACAGCAUGUUGCGACUGGCGGCGCUGCUGGUCCGCCGUCUGCCUCUCUCUCUUCUUCUGCUGCGCCUCAUCUACCCUGGGCUCUUUCCUGGGUCGAUUAGUGUCCGUGUGCUUGAGGACGGCAGCUGCACAAAGCCAUUUGGGGAGGAAGUUGCAGAUGGCGAGAAGCAGUCUCGGCCAGGUGGCGCCAGUGAAAGAGGGAGCCGGACGGCUUCAUCUACCCAAGUGCAAACGGGGAAAGAAGAAAGCACUUGCAGAGGGGCCGCAUUGUUGAACGACGGUUCGGAAGAAGGAGAUUCACGAAGUCGGCCUCAAGUGGAAGACAGCUUAGAUUCAGCGUUCGUUUCCAGUGGCGAGUUGACCAGACACUCACUCAACAGCGCACAAGCGAAAACACACUCCACUGGGACUCUCAUUGAGAAGGCAGGAAAACAGGCCGUCCGGUAUAGGGUAGAUCCAGUUGUGCGAUUUGCCGGUCAGAAUCCAAUAACGUACAUCGAGUUGCAGACUCAUCCAGUGACCUGGGGCGAAAUCCUACUCCCCACGGUCAAAGAGGCACUCGAGCAAACCUUCUGGCCCUUCUCGCCAAGCACGCUUUUCCCGUCGCUCUUUUCUGGAAAGCUGAUCCAUUUCAAAAAGACAACCGGAAAGGCAGAGUAACGAACUUGUUGGAAAGGGAUGCCUCACCAGUCCACAGCGUCUCCUGGAGUUUGCUCUUGACCAACGCUGCGUUUGGUAAUUACUUUUUGAAAGGUCUUCUAUGUCUCCAACAUACGGAGGUUUUUUUGUGUGGCUCGCGGAUUCGCGGUCAGCUGCGGGAGAUAUUCGUUGUUUCAUCUGUUUCUCUUAGAUGCACUCGUCGAACGCUUGGCUCUGCACGAUUUGCAGAUGAAUGUCUCUUUGGCAGGCUGGGGCCAACAGUUUGCGACGUUCUGUCGAUUUAAAAUCCUC